AUAAUACAAUCAUAGAGUACACGUGCGUGCAAAAUGGCGAAAACAUCGCACAGACCCGGUCCUUUGAAACAGCAAAAUAAAGGCCACAAAACUGGACGACAUCGUAGUAAAGGCAAAAUCGACGUUGAAUUAAAGGGAAGAGUCUCUGCAAAAGUCAUUUCAAAGAAAUGGAAAAGGGAACUAAGCAAGGCUGGUCGUCGAAACAAGGCCCUCCAGCUUCGUAAAAAGAAAAGAGAAGAUCUACUCAAUCAGAAGAGGAUAGGGACUCAGGAGGCACCUCCAAAUUUAGUGAUGGUACUCCCUCUUCAUGGAACCAUAGACGUUGAUCGCAUUCUGGGCUGUUUAAGGGCAGCAGAUAGUGAUGCAGUAGAGUAUCCUAGCAACAAUAGCAAUCUUCUACACAUUUGCUUGCCUCGUUUCAAACGGAGAUUCACAAUAGUAGUACCUUCCACCAACCUGUCAGCCAUCCUGGAUACAGCUAAGGCUGCUGACUCAUUGCUCUGUCUAGUUGAUCCCAAUGAAUGCUGGGAUGAGUUUGGUGACCUCUGUCUGUCUUGUCUCUUUGCACAAGCUUUGCCUUCAGUGACUUUUGCUGCACAGGGUAUGAGUGAUGUUCCAAUCAAGAAGAGACAUGAAGCAAAGAAAACAUUACAAAAGCAGAUAGAAAGGAGAUUUCCAAAUGGCAAGCUGUAUACAGUGGAUACAGAACAAGAAAGCAUUUUACUUCUUCGACACCUUGCAGAGCAGAAACUCAAUACUAUAAAAUGGCGUGAUCUUCGGCCACAUAUUUUGGCAGAUGAUGUGACUUUCGAACCCAACAAUAAUGAGAAUGGUAAAGGAACUCUUAAAGUGACUGGUUUCCUAAGAGGGUCAUGCUUGUCAGUCAAUGGUCUCAUUCACCUGCCUGGCUUUGGAGACUUUCAGAUGAAUCGUAUUGAAGCUCCUUCUGACCCUUGCCCCUUGAACCCAAGAAACAUAAGGAGAAAUGUCAAGAAAACUGAGGAUGGAAUGGCUAUUGAUGAUGAUGAAAAUGAGACAAUGGAGGAAGGUUCAAAGCUACUUGAAGUCGUUGACCCUCACAGUCAAGAAUCCCUCCAGUCAGAGGCUGUACCUGAUCCAAUGGAGGGAGAACAAACAUGGCCGACUGAAGAGGAGCUUGCUGAAGCUGAAGCUGCCCUGAGAGAAGAAAAAGAAGAGCGUAUUGUCAAGCGGGUACCCAAAGGAACGUCAGAGUACCAAGCUACAUGGAUUAUUGAAAGUGAAGGAGAGGAUGAAGAGGAAGAUGAUGACGAGGAGAGUGAUGAGGAUGAGGAGUAUGUGGAUGCCAUGCUACCUGAAGCUGAAGAUGUAGAAUCUAUUCCAGAGGAACCUUCAGAAGCAGAUGAUAUGGAAUUUGAAACGGUGAGCAUUAGUGGUGGGAGCAAGGAGAAUUAUGAUGUCCAUUUUGAUGAAGAAGAGGAAAAGAAAUUAUUAGAGAAGUACAGAGAGGAGAGGAGUCAUGCAAUGUUCCCUGAUGAAAUUGAUACCCCAAUGCAUAUGUCUGCAAGAACAAGAUUUGCUAGGUAUCGUGGUUUAAAGAGUUUCCGAACAUCACCAUGGGACCCCAAGGAGAAUCUUCCUCUGGACUAUGCUAGGAUUUUCCAGUUUGAAAGCUUUGACAGGACAAAGAAGAGAGUGUUAUCUACUAGGAAUGAGGGCAUUGCAGAGGUUGGAAACUAUAUCACAAUACACAUAGCUGAUGUACCAAGAAGUGCCUACGAUGAUUAUGAUCCAUCUCAUCCACUUGUUGUGUUUGGUCUACUACAGCAUGAACAAAAGAUGUCUGUUCUUCACUUCACUUUGAAACGGCAUCCAGACUUCAAUGAACCUAUCAAAUCAAAGGAACGACUUGUAUUCCAAGUCGGAUACAGGCGGUUCUCAGCAUGUCCUAUCUUCUCACAGCACACAUCAGGCAAUAAGCACAAGUAUGAGAGAUUCUUUCCUAAGGACUCGGUUACAGUGGCUAGUGUGUUUGCACCUAUCACCUUCCCUCCUGCAACUGUUCUUGCUUUCAAAGAAUUACCUGAUGGAUCUCAUCAACUUGUAGCCACAGGAACCAUGCUAGGGGUCAAUCCAGACAGGAUAGUGGUCAAGAGAGUCGUUCUUAGUGGUCAUCCAUUCAAGAUCAUCAACAGACAAGCAGUUGUCAGAUAUAUGUUCUUCACUCGAGAGGACAUUCUGUGGUUUAAACCAGUGGAGCUACGCACCAAGUGGGGUAGAAGAGGCCAUAUCAAAGAACCAUUAGGCACUCAUGGGCAUAUGAAAUGUAUAUUCGAUGGGAAGAUGAAAUCUCAAGACUGUAUUAUGAUGAACUUAUACAAACGCAUGUAUCCCAAAUGGACAUAUGAUGCAGUGGGAGUACGCUCACUUCAUAUAACAGCAUCAAGUCAGCACAUCCCAGAUGACAUGGAGUCCCUGUGAAGCACUUUCUUCUGGUUAACUACCUCCAUUUCUAAUGUCCCAAUUGAGUCAUGCAUACAGUAACUGAAUCGCAGUGAUGGUAUUUUGUUUUUCAAACCACAAAUAAGCCCUACUGCAUGGCAUCAGGGUUUGACCAGGGGGCCAUUUUAUGUAACACUUAUCACCAUCACUAUAGCGGUCAAAUUAGGUGAUAUGUGCUAAUAUAUUGAAUUACUCUUUAUGAAAAUUAUAUGCCAUGUAUAAUAACAUGACUUCUUAAUAUCACUCUCAACUUUAUGUGAAACAGCCUCCUUAUAUCUCGUAUAAUACUGAUCAUCCUGUACUUUCACCUUUUUUUCAGCAAUCAAUAUCAACACUCCUUUUUUUUCAUUUGUGUAAAUUUUUAAGAUAUUCAAACAUUGAAGAAAAUAAAGAUGGAAAAUAUUAGAGUAUCUGAUGCCCAUUAAAUGAAUAGUCACAAUCGAAUGCAACUCUAAAAAUGGAAUUCAAUUUCAAUCAAUCAGAAGCUUGCAUUUUUUAACUUUUGUUUGAUAUAUAUAUAUUUUUUUGCAUUUAAACAAUUUCUUUAACUUUUAAACCAUUUUUACAGGGUUCCCCGCCCAUCAGGGAAAAUUAUUUUACUUUUUUUCCAGUCAGGGAAAAAUCAGGGAAUUUGAUGAAAAAUAUCCCUAAUCAGGGAAAAUUACUCAAAGGAUGGAACUUUU